CAUGUUCUCAGGGUUUUGAACUUCUCCUGAUUCUGAGUUCUCUUUUUCUUCUACUUCUUCCUCCUCCUCCUCCUUCUCUGCCACUAUCCCCACCUUCAUUCCAGGGUUUAAGAAAACCCUACUUCUCUCAAUCCAUGGAGUCUCUCGCUAAACUUCAACACCGUCACCAACCCUUUAACCUCUCACUCAAUCCCCACCGUCCAUCAUUCCCAAAACCAAUUUCUUCCUUCAAACCCCCACGCUCAUCACCGCCUUUCAACUUCACUUCCCUCACUAUCAGAGCCUCGUCCUCAUCCUCUUCACCAUCCUCCGCCGACCCACCUCACCAAAACCCCAAAAACCCUAAACCCUCACCCUUCCAAACCCUAGCCCCUCUCGCCUCCCCUCUUCUCAAGACCACUUGCGCCGCCAUAGCAGCAGCCGCAUUCUUCUUCAUGCGCUUCCACAACAGAACCGCCUUGGCCUCCCCCACAGUCGCGCCUUCUACUGUGGAGCCCAGAGAAGAAGUUUCGUCCACUGACAGCGUUACGGUCGAAGAGAAAGAGAGGCUCAUUGAAGAGCAAUUGAGCCAAAACCCUGACGAUGUCGAAGCGCUGAGGUCAUUGAUGGAGGUUAGGAUCAAAGCCCACAAAUUGACCGAAGCGAUUCAGGUGCUGGACCGCUUGAUCGAGCUCGAACCUGAAGACUAUGAGUGGCAAUUGCUGAAAGCCAAUGUUCAUAGCUACAUGGGUGAGUUUGAACUCGCUACCAGUGAGUUCGAGGAGAUUUUGGCCAAAGACCCUUUGCGAGUUGAGGCCUAUCAUGGUCUUGUGAUGUCUGCUUCGCAAUCCCCCGAGAAAUUGGAGAAUGUGGUGACAAGAGUGGAAAAGGCAAUGGAGGGUUGCAAGAAGCAGGGGAACAAGUCGGAUGUGAGGGAUUUUAAGCUGUUAAUUGCCCAAAUUCGCGUGAUGGAGUCAAAUUAUUCGGAAGCUUUGAAGCUUUAUCAAGAGCUUGUGAGGGAAGAACCGAGAGAUUUCAGGCCUUAUCUGUGUCAAGGAAUCAUUUAUACUAUGUUGAGGAAGAAUAAAGAGGCUGAGAAACAGUUUGAAAAGUUCAGGAAGCUUGUUCCCAAGAACCACCCUUAUAAAGAGUAUUUCGAUGACAAUAUGUUUGCCACAAAGCUUUUCGGGCAGAAGGUGGAGAGGGAGAGAGCAGAGUCGAACAUCUAACGGCAUUAUGUAGCUGAAUUUUAGCUCAUUGUGGUGGCUGGCUUCUGUAAUGUGGUGGUUGACUCUUGGUUUCUCUCUGCCUGUUUAUGGUUAAUGCUUUGGCUGGUAGCGUUCAUGCAAACUGUAGGUAACUUUAGUAGUUGUAGCAGUAGUAAAAGUAUUCUUCAGACUGUAGAGCGUUCUGCAAAUCGAUCAGUGAAAUUUAAUAUCUUGUUGAACCAUUUUUGUCUCAGUAUUUGAAGUCAUAGAUGGAAUGAAAUUGUUUUUGAUCUGCCAA